AUGCUCCCUCUUCUCUUCGUCGCCCUCACAAUCCUUUUCUUCCCCCUCUACCUAAUUUACAAACCCCCCAAACGCCUAAUCCGCCACUUCCAACACCGCUGGCCCGAUGUCCUCUGGGAGAUCCCAACACAAAAGAACCUGAUAGCUCUAACAAUCGAUGACGCCCCAUCCCACCACACCCGCGAAAUCCUCUCUGUCCUCCAAGAAAACGAUGCUGCAGCAACUUUCUUCGUCAUCGGUUCCCAAAUCCGCGGCCACGAAGAGACCCUCGCGCAUAUUGUGCAAGGGGGUUGUGAGUUGGGAAAUCAUGCUAUGUACGAUGAGCCGUCGUGUAGGUUGAGUGACGCAGAGCUUAGUGGGCAGAUUGUUGCCGUUCAGGAGAGAAUCGAUUCUAUCUAUUCCGCCGCGGGGGUGUCUGGGCAGGAACCAACGAGGUACUUCCGUCCCGGAUCUGGGUUCUUCACUGCACACAUGCGCAAGGUCGUGCGGGAGUUAGGCUUCAGGAUUGUGCUUGGGGGUAUAUACCCACAUGAUCCGCAGAUUCCGUACUGGAGGGUCAAUGCCAGACAUGUUCUUAGCAUGCUCAGGCCUGGGGCUAUAAUUAUCUGUCAUGAUGGGGAGGGGAGGGGAUGGACAGUGCCCAUGUUGAGGAAGGUUUUGCCUGAGAUUACACGGAGAGGGUAUCGUGUUGUGACUGUUUCGGAGUUGUUGAGGGAGGGUGUGUCUAGCUAG